AUGGUCCUCACCCCUGCCCCCCAGCUCGCACCUCAGCUUCUCCGCUACCUCGAACGGGUCGACCAAAGACUCUCGGGUAAAGCGAAGACGCCAGAGCAGCUCGCCUUGCUGGACCUCCGGUAUGCCACUCUUCCCAUCCGGAAGGAGGAGAAUCUGAUUCCUUUCAUCCACCACGUAAGCCGCUCCUCUCGUCAAGCAGUCAAGCAGUAUGGCCGACGCGAUCAGUUCAAGACGUAUCGACACUUCACCAUUGGCGGUAAGCCAGGCUCUGGCAAGUCGACCCAGUCGACCCAAGUCCUCCUCCGCAUCCUGGAGCUCGCUGGGGACGGUCGCGCGAUCAUGAUCGUCGUCCCUGGACGGUUUGCUGCUCUACUCCUUUGCGAUAGGCUACGAGCCGAGCUCGGCGUUGAGAUUGAAGAUAAUGAUCAAAAGGGUAUCGUUGUCCUCCGCUCUCGGGACAACAGCGGUCCCGCCGGCAAGGACGCCCGAAUCGUCGUCGUUACGGAGGGUAUCUGCGUCAGAGAGGUCAUGGGCGACAUCCGCCUCGGCAGGUACGCCGUCGUGCUCUUCGACGAGGUGCAGGAGCAGUCCGGCUACUCGGAGGUGUUGAUCGAUUUCGCAAAAUGGGCGAUGCGAGCCAGUGAAACCCUCCGAAUCGGUCUCAUCUCCGGAACGUCCGACCUCGCUCCCACGCGUAACUUCCUCAAUAUCCCGGACGCGGCUCAUUGUACCCUUCCCGCUCCUACCUUCCCCGUCCAAGUCUCCUUCGCGGCCGAACCCGUCGAAGACAUCACGGCAUGGGUCAUCGUGAAGCUGUCCGCGUUCAUCCAGAACCACACCGGCGACAUCCUCAUCUUCACCAACGGCCUCAAAUCCUGCACCGACCUCGGCAGGGCUAUCAAGGCUGCUCCUCUUCCCGAGCCGGUCGAGGUCCACCCCGUGACCAGCCGGGUCAGCCAGCAGCGCAAGAUCGACGCCACCGUUGUCCGCGCUCCCGACGCCCCCCGCCGUGUCAUUAUCGGAACCAACUCUCUUGAGGAUACCAUCACUAUCCCCAACAUCGGGCUGGUCAUGGACACUCUCAUGUACAAUCUCGCGUCAUACUCUACGGAAUUCGACCAUCGGCGUCUGAUCGAACGGCUCGUCUCUCGCGUUCAGAUCGAGCAGCGGAUCGGACGAGCUGGGCGGACACAGCCAGGCUACGCCGAGUUGGCAUGCACCAAGGAGAUGUACGACCUCCUCCUCGCCACGUAUCCCGAAUUGCUGCCCAAGGUACAGACAGAGGAGUACACCUCGACGCUACUCACCAACCUCGCUGUCACGAGGAUCAUCAACGCUCGAUACGGAGACUUUCCGACCGGGCAGAUGGAGCUCAGCAAUGAGACUACUCCCGCACGCUACGCUCACGCCGUCGCGACUCUGAAAGUCCUCCAGGCGGUCACGGAGGACUCGGCCGGAAACAUCCAUCUCACCGACAUAGGACGGCAGAUGGCCAAUUUGUCGGUCUCGCCCGAGUUCGCUCGCUCGCUCAUCGCCAGCGUGCAGUUCAACGGCGUCAAAGCCAAGGGCCAACUCCUCAACUGUACUGGAGCCAUGAUUGUGCUCGUUGCUGCCAACUCCACGACUGACGUCUUACGCCAAUCAAUCUUCUUCUCUUCCCAAGAGGACGCCGAGGGUCAGUAUGAUCUGCAACAACAAUCAACCCUCAUGUCGACACAGGGGGACCACGUCAGCGCAUUCCUCGCUCUCAGAGGAUGGCUCAAUGGCAAGGGCAACGGAACCGACCAGGCCGGCCGAUCACGGGCUAUUACUCCCUUCGCCGACGCGUAUGCGACAAAGUACUGCCUUCGGAAAUCAGCAUUGUCCGACGCCGCUGAUCUCGUCAAGACACUCACGGGCCAGAUGAAGAGGAAGGGCAUGUUCCACUUCGAUUUUGUCUCGCUCAGCCCAAACGACACGGUACAUACCGAGGGCGUAAUCCGGAGUCUGAUCUAUGGUCAUCUCCGUAAGUUCGCGUUCAAGCCGGCAGGGGGGGAUGUGGGGGAGUAUCAUCGCUGGAGUAAUGGACAGGAGAGACUCUUCCUUGACGAAAAGUCUCGGCUUUACGCCGCUUCUCCCCAGGUUGUGCUGUUGUCGGAUGCGCGAAUGCCGCCCAAGCCCGCUUCGCCCAACAACACCAUCAUCAAUCAGCUGUCAAUUACCGAUCCAGAAUGGUACAUUCUCCCUCCGCUUCUUGUAGCCUGGAAUAGUGCUGACUGCGUCCACAGGGUCCGACAAAUCGAGCAAGAGGUCUUGGGACAUACCUCGCUUAGGACACAUCUCGCGUUAGGCAAGCAGCAUUAG